AUGGCGUGGAGACCGCCCCCGUGCCCGUGUGGCAGGCUGUUCUUCUUGGUGUGCCUCUUGUGCUUGCUGCUCACCGAGGACGCCGCCGCCCAUGGCGCAGGGGCGGCUGAGCAGCAGGCACCUGCUCCAGCUCCCACUCCUACCCUCUUCCCACCUGAAGAGCGUGUCCUUCGCCGGAUCGCUGCCAAGCUCGGCGUGCUGCACUGGGACUUCGCCGCCGCCGGUCCGUGCGAAGACCCUGCCCCCGGAGUGGACUGCCACUGCACCUUCUCCGACUCCAACUAUACAGUCUGCCAUGUCAUUCACGUAGACCUCAGGAGGCACAACUUCUCCGGCGAGCUCCCACCGGACUUUGCCGACCUCCCCUAUCUUCUCCACAUAGAUCUAAGCCGGAGCUUGUUUCAUGGUGGAGUGCCCAGCCAGUGGGCCCGGAUGAAGUUACAAGGACUAUUACUGAUGGGAAACAGAUUGUCAGGGCCUUUUCCCAUGGUUCUCACAAAUAUCACAACCCUGACUCACCUGGACAUUGAAGGCAAUGGUUUCUAUGGGCCAAUCCCUCCUGAAAUUGGACAUCUUACGCAUCUGGAGAGGCUGAGGAUUAGUGAUCUGAGAGGUAGUGGUUCACCUUUCCCUGAUUUAAGUGGAAUGUCAUCCUUGAACAAAUUGGAUCUGAGCUUUAAUAAAUUGAGCGGACAAAUACCAGCUUCUUUUGCUAACAUGGGAAGGGUUGAUUACAUAUAUCUAACUGCAAACUCACUCACUGGGGACAUACCUGGAUGGUUAUUAAGAAGAAACAAAAUCGUAAGUAGUGUUCAGUCAUGCUUGAAGAGGAAUUUCCCAUGUGUUGCUUCGAAUGGACAAUAUCGAUCUUCAUUGCAUAUCAAUUGUGGUGACAAAGAAACAACUAUUAAUGGAGUUAAAUACGAAGCUGACACGACGCCAAAAGGUGCUUCAUUGCUGUAUGUAAGCCCAGGUUCAAAUUGGGCAUUCAGCAGCACUGGUAACUUCAUGGACGACAACAUCACUGAUGACAGCUACAUUGCAACAAGCACAUCAAAAUUGGACAUGCCCUAUUCAGAGUUGUACACCAAAGCCCGUCUUUCUCCUCUUUCCCUCACAUAUUAUGGGCUUUGUAUGUUCAGUGGGAGCUACACAGUUAAACUCCACUUUGCUGAAAUUGUGUUCACAAAUGACAGCACAUUUUGUAGCCUUGGCAAAAGAAGAUUCAAUGUGUUCAUACAGGGAAGAAUGGUGCUAGAGAAUUUUGAUAUCGAGCAGUCAUCCAGUGCAGUUGGAAAGCCAGUUAUCAAGACUUCUCAAACAUAUAUCACAAAUCAUACUCUAGAAAUUCAGUUGUAUUGGGCAGGAAGAGGGACAACAGGCAUUCCAUAUAGAGGUUCUUAUGGCCCACUGAUAUCUGCAAUAUCAAUAACACCAAAUUUUAUUCUUGAACCUCCCGAAACUGGCAGUAGCAAUAAGAUUUCACGGGCAUCUAUAUCCGAUGCUUUGGUGAUUGGAAUUUCUAUAAUAGCAAUUUUGACUGUUCUGGUUGUAUGCAUUUAUCGUAUUAAGAAGAGGAGAAAGAGUUCAAAGAAUAAAGAUCUCCGAGCCCUUGACCUGCAAACUGGCUCCUUCACCUUGCGACAAAUCAAAGUGGCAACUAGGAACUUUGACCUGGCUAACAAGAUUGGUGAAGGUGGUUUUGGUUCAGUUUACAAGGGUUUAUUGUCCGAUGGCACUGUCAUUGCUGUCAAGCAGUUAUCAGCAAGGUCUAAACAAGGGAAUCGAGAAUUCGUGAAUGAGAUAGGGAUGAUAUCUGCACUACAGCAUCAAAACCUUGUCAAACUCUAUGGCUGCUGUACAGAAGGAAACCAGCUGUUGUUAGUUUAUGAGUAUCUGGAAAAUAAUUGCCUUGCACGAGCUCUUUUUGUUGAUCAAUACAGACUCAGAUUGGAUUGGGCAACAAGACAUAGGAUUUGCCUUGGGAUAGCAAAAGGUCUAGCAUAUCUACAUGAGGAGUCCACAAUAAGGAUCGUACACCGCGAUAUCAAGGCCAGCAAUAUAUUGCUUGACAAAAAUUUGAAUGCCAAGAUCUCAGAUUUUGGGCUAGCAAAGCUUAAUGAAGAUGAUCACACCCACAUAAGCACAAAAGUAGCUGGAACUAUCGGAUACAUGGCUCCUGAGUAUGCUAUGCAUGGUUAUUUGACAGAUAAAGCUGAUGUAUACAGUUUUGGUGUUGUUGCUUUGGAAAUUGUCAGUGGAAAAAGUAACACAAACUACAGGCCAACGGAAGAUUUUGUUCAUCUUCUAGAUUGGGCUUGUGUCCUGCAUGACAGAGGAGCUCUCCUGGAAUUGGUAGAUCCAGACCUAGGAUCGAAUUACUCAACAGAAGAGGCACUCAUCAUGCUAAAUGUUGCCUUGCUAUGCACAACCGCAGCACCUACACUGAGACCAAAGAUGUCAAAAGUUGUUAGCCUGCUUGAGGGCCACACGCCUCUUCAGCCCUUGCUGUCAGAUCUGAGUCUUGCUCAGAAUUGCCUGAGCACAGGUGGUUUAUGGAGGAACCUCCGGCAAAAACUAAGUGAGCGUCAGAGACUGACAGAACAAGCUUUCUGCAAUUACACUAAUGAAUCAUCAACCAUAGAUAUAAAUAAUGACCUGAGACCAUUGGUGCCUUCUUUAGCAAAUGUUCUGGCAAAACAACUUUUAAGGUCGGAGCAUCUGAGGAUAUCUCAACUCCAAAGGGCGCCUACUGCCAUCAAGCGUUGCAUCAAGUAUCUGGGAGUAUGGCAAGUUCAGUCGAAAUGGAAUUUGAGAUCAUAUAAAAAUCAAUUAAUGAUACAAUUCUACAAAGAAGUAGAAUGA